UCUGCGGGCUACAUCCCCCGAUCCUCGCAUCUCCUAUGACCCGUCUGCCGUAGCGCUUCUCACAAUCUCAACGAAUUUAUUCACACGGCAGGUGGCGCUGUUUUUUAAAGAUGGCCACUCUCCGCUGCUGGCUGCCCUGGGCCCUGCUCUUCGUCUCCACUCUGGCCUUCUCCACUCUGUCCACAGACCCGGGAUCCACACACCCCAAGAGGACGCCCCGGGGGGGUGACAACACCCUACUCCUGGACCCUGAGAUGGGGGCGGGGGGCAGAGGCCACCGCAGGAAGCACGGUGGUGGCGGCGGUGGCGGCAACGUGCGAGAGGGUAAAGCCCGUGCUGGUCUGCUGUCCCACAGGCCCGUGCACCACCCUGCCCGGCCCGAAGAUGACGGCCCGGGGCUGGAGGGCCUGAGCCCCGUGAGGCUGGAGAUGGGGCCGGGGGACCGGGAGAGAGAGGGGCCCCACAGGGGGUUCAGAGGUGCCUCACACACCCGGGACAACCAUCCACCCGGCGGAGAGCUGGGGAGGAAGGGUAGGAGGCACGGCGGGCAUGGAAACGGGCACGGACAUGGACAUGGCCACGGCCACCAGCACGGGCACGGACAUGGACAUGGGCAUGGGCAUCAGGCUGAACACAAGAGGCAUGGAGGACGGAGGGAGAAGGCCAGACAUGGUGAGAUCCGGGAGGGGUCAGGUUUUCUUCCUGAGGUUGAGCUGAAGGACAGGGACCUGCUUGUUGAGCGUUCCUCCACUACCCUCAGUCACAGCCCCGCCCCACCCUCACACGACCCCUCCCCCACCUCCCGCAUCCCCGUUACCACGGUGACCAGUGAGCAUUCCCCCACGUUGCCCCCGGCUUCCACUAAACCCCAGAAGUCUGGCCGAGGGAAGGCCCAGGGAGAGGUGAUGCCCACUCUGGACAUGACCCUGUUUGACUGGACCGACUACGAGGACAUGAAGCCUGCGGACUCCUGGCCCACUUCCAAGAAAAAAGAUAAGCGACGCAGUAAGAACCUGAGCAACAUGAACAUGACUAUAGAUGCAGAUGCCAUCGAACCAUGUGACCACCACCUGGACUGCCUGCCUGGCUCCUGCUGUGACCUGAGGCAACAUGAAUGCAAGCCACACAACCGAGGGCUCAACAAUAAGUGUUAUGAUGAUUGUAUGUGUGAGGAAGGGCUCCGUUGCUACGCUAAGUUCCACCGGAAGCGCCGCGUUACUCGGCGAAGAGGUCGUUGCGUGGAGCCAGAGUCCGCUAACAGCGACCAGGGAGCUUUCAUCACCAUCUGAGAGAGAGAGAGAGAGAAGGAGUGUGAUAGGGAGUGGGAAAGAAAGAAAGAGAGAGAAAGAGAGAGAGAAAGAGAGAUGAAGAUGAAGAUGCUAACAAAUAGCCUGCAUACCCACCUGUUUGUCAGUCACACAGUCCAAACCUCACAGCAGGGGAUGGGGGAGGGAGAAGGGGUGGAUCAUGCCAAAUGCCAACAGUGCCAGCCUGCCCUGGCCAUCAUUCUAUCAUACCCCCCCCCCCCCCCAUCCAACCGUGAGUGUAUGUACUGUGUGUCAAAGGUGACCGUGUAGCCUCCAUUCUCUUCUAGUCUGCACUGUACAGUAUUAGUCUCUGUGUAAGAGUGAAGCCGAGCGACCAUGUUUUUCUUCUUGUAUGGAUAACAUCCCCUCAUCAUUCUUCAGUGGUGCUUGUUAACUACACAAUGACAGCAGAUGUCUCUGUUCUGCUUGUUCCCUUUUAAUAUGUGCUUUAUUUAUGUCAGCCACUCAUAACAGGAUUCUCCUUUCUUUUUUUUAUUCUAUGCCUUGAGGUGACUGAGGAGUCCGUGUUUUCGGGAGUGUGGAGUGUCAAAUCUGUCUGUUAAUAGAGGAGAGGGAGAGAGACAGUGAUGGAUGUGUGUAGAUAAUGGCAGAGAUGGAAGACAAAGAGGGAGAGAUGGAUGGAUUGUCUGGUCUUCUGACAGUAAAGACGCGUCCGUUAAGACUCUCUGGCAGUGUGAGUGGAGUGUCCUCUAUGCUGUUGCUGGUGCCAUUGUCACAGAUAAAGAUUGCUUCCUCCAUUCUCUGAACUCUUUCUUCAUGGAGAAUCUAUUUACAUCCUGUACUAUACACCUCACAAAUUGUAUUUCUUUUUGUUGAUGAUGGUUUUUUUCAGCUGUCAUACUGUCAUAAUUAAACACCUGAACUGGUA